AUGGGAUUGGACGCUGGUAAGAGUUACGAGACUAGUAUCGCAUUGAGGCACCCGCACCUCGUUGGAACCGACGCGGCCCUCCUUGCGCGCCAGGCCAAGGGGAAGGACGAGAUGUCGGACCUAUUAUCCCAAAGAGAAACACCCUACAUACGCGAAGGGGGAGGGGCUCGUAGCCGUGAAAGCGAUCAACGCGGCGAGCGUGGCGUCUCUCUCAUUUCGUCUCCCUCAACAACAAUGGAUGUUCAUUCGUCCCGUAUCAUUCAUUACGUCGAUGAUUUGACGAUGCCCUCGCCGAAUCAACCUACAACACACCCGGCGCACGAACGAGCCAUCGCUGGGAGCGUCCGGGGGGCCAAUGGCCUACUUUCCAACUCUGCCGAAGGCUUUUCUAUUCUCCACGGAUGCUGCGGUUGCAACACCAAGCCCUGCGAAGCGGAGAAGGAAUGGAUGAAUCCAGACGACAGCCCAGUAUUUGCGCGCGCAUCGGUGAUGGCUGAGCCGUACGUCUCCUCGGCACAGAUACCUCCUCAAGGUGUAGGUUGCUCGGCUCUGCACUAG